CCCAAAUUCGUGCACAAAGUGGGCCUUUUUUGCUCUUUUAAGUGCAUUCACACACCGGGGUUGGGUACUGAUGAGGGAUCCCAUUGUAUCAUGGCGUCACAGUGGAACCGGGUCAAAAGGAAUGGCCGUUUUCGUAAUCAAAAAGCUGCAUCAAUUGUCAACGAGUUCAUCACAGCAAAGCUUACACCAAGAAAACACAAGUUCUUGUGGACAGCCCCUAUCAGCGUGUCAGGAUCCGAGAAAGCUCGUAGAAAAUUGCUUGCAGAUGCUGGAAUAGCGAAGGUUGCAGAAAAUAGGAGGGAAAGGCAGAUAAAGGAACUCAAAUACACCGCUAAAAUCGAGGCAUUAAAGGCGAAUGGGCAAGAAACCCAAAGACAACCAUCGCGCAGCUGGCAGCCUAAGCCUCAGCUAAAUGCAUAUAGGCUCCAAGAUGCGUUGGUUCCUCUCAGCAGUCGCAUUCCAAAUCAGGAUGACAAGGUUAGAGAGCUGGUGCUAGCAAUUGAGCACAGGAGAGGGCGAGAAAUGGAGGAUGCGGGAGAUAGCGAGAUGAUGACAGCCGAUCAGCACAAUCCCACAGAGUAA